GGGAGCUGUGGCCUCAGUGCGCAGCCAGACUGCAGGCGCGUGUGGCUGGGGUUCUGUGAGGGGGUGCGCCUGGCUGGCUGCACACCCCCCACUCCAGCCCGGCCCCUUUAAUUCGAGUUCGCUGCGGGGCCAGGUGCGGCGCUGCGUGGCGCGGUGCGGCGCGGUGCGGCUGCGGGCGGCGGCCGGGCGCUCCUUACGCGCCACCCGCGGGACUGCAGAGCCGGCUCCUGGCUGGCUCCCGCACCCCGCCGCCGCCCGCCACCUUUCAGCCGUCGCUUGCGGUCACCCUAAAACAUGGAUGCUCGGGGUGCCCAUCUAGAAGGCCCAGCCUAGCCCUGGAGCUCACCUCCAGGACCUGGAGACUGCCCUCCUACCCAGAAUGACUCACCAUUCUUUCUAGCUGGAGUGCGAAGACGUGAUGGGGAGUUGGGCUGCCUGUCUGUGUAUCUAGGACUCCUGCAGCAGCAUAGGAUCAGCUCUGUCAGGAACAGCACUUCAGCUCCCUGCCUUGCCAGCCCAGCAAGGCUGUGUCCUGGCUCUCAGGGAGCCCUCUGGGCUCUCCUGCAGGAGCCCAGGCCAAUGCUUCUGUGUUCCCUGGGGCCAACAUCUUGAACUCCCUGCUCCCAGGCAGCUGGAAGGCAUAGAGUGAGGAGGUGCUUUCCCCAACCCCAAUUAUGACAGUGGCCACCGGAGACCCAGCGGAUGAGGCAGCUGCCCUCCCUGGACACCCGCAGGACACCUAUGAUCCUGAGGCUGACCAUGAGUGCUGUGAGAGGGUGGUGAUCAACAUCUCAGGCUUGCGGUUUGAAACCCAGCUUAAGACCUUAGCGCAGUUUCCAGAGACCCUCUUAGGAGACCCAAAGAAGCGGAUGAGAUACUUUGAUCCCCUCCGGAAUGAGUACUUUUUUGAUCGGAAUCGCCCCAGCUUCGAUGCCAUUCUGUACUACUACCAAUCCGGGGGCCGGUUGAGGCGUCCUGUGAAUGUACCCUUAGAUAUAUUCUCAGAAGAGAUUCGGUUCUAUGAGCUGGGGGAAGAAGCAAUGGAGAUGUUUCGGGAAGAUGAAGGCUACAUCAAAGAGGAAGAACGUCCUCUGCCUGAAAAUGAGUUUCAGAGACAAGUGUGGCUACUCUUUGAAUAUCCAGAGAGCUCAGGGCCUGCUAGGAUUAUAGCUAUUGUAUCUGUCAUGGUGAUCCUGAUCUCCAUAGUCAGCUUCUGUUUGGAAACACUGCCCAUAUUCCGGGAUGAGAACGAAGACAUGCAUGGUGGGGGAGUGACCUUCCACACCUAUUCCAACAGUACCAUCGGGUAUCAGCAGACCACUUCCUUCACUGACCCAUUCUUCAUCGUUGAGACCCUCUGCAUCAUCUGGUUCUCCUUUGAAUUCUUGGUGAGGUUCUUUGCAUGUCCCAGCAAAGCCGGUUUCUUCACCAACAUCAUGAACAUCAUUGACAUUGUGGCCAUCAUCCCCUACUUCAUCACUCUGGGGACUGAACUGGCUGAGAAGCCAGAGGAUGCCCAACAGGGCCAGCAGGCCAUGUCACUGGCCAUUCUCCGAGUCAUCCGGUUGGUAAGAGUCUUUAGGAUUUUCAAGUUGUCCAGACACUCCAAAGGUCUCCAGAUUCUAGGUCAGACCCUCAAAGCCAGCAUGAGAGAAUUGGGCCUCUUGAUAUUCUUCCUCUUCAUUGGGGUCAUCCUGUUCUCUAGUGCAGUCUAUUUUGCAGAGGCCGAUGAGCGAGAGUCCCAGUUCCCCAGCAUUCCGGAUGCCUUCUGGUGGGCAGUCGUCUCCAUGACAACUGUUGGCUAUGGAGACAUGGUUCCAACUACCAUUGGGGGGAAGAUCGUGGGUUCCCUGUGUGCGAUUGCAGGUGUGUUAACCAUUGCCUUACCAGUCCCUGUCAUUGUUUCCAAUUUCAACUACUUCUACCACCGGGAGACAGAGGGAGAGGAGCAGGCCCAGUACUUGCAAGUGACAAGUUGUCCAAAGAUCCCAUCCUCCCCUGACCUCAAGAAAAGUAGAAGUGCCUCUACCAUUAGUAAGUCUGAUUACAUGGAGAUCCAGGAGGGGGUAAACAACAGUAAUGAGGACUUUAGAGAGGAAAACUUGAAAACAGCCAACUGUACUUUGGCUAAUACAAACUAUGUGAAUAUUACCAAAAUGUUAACUGAUGUCUGACUGAAGCCUAUUAACAUACAACUCAAUGGAACCAAUGCAGAUAUUGCAUAAUAGCCUCCAUUGUAGUCAGUGUGUUCUAUAGUGUGUAUCUGGUUCUGCAUGGAAAGCAAUAGUCGUGCAAGUGACUUUUGAUCUUUUGAUUUUUGAUUUAGAGCACAGAAUAUCUAUCCAUGGCCUUCAUGCAAAUCUCCAUCACUGGCUUAUUGGUGUUGAGAGAUGGGAGCCACUUAUGGAGCCAGGAUUUCAGAAAGACACGUUGAGGCCACCUCAUAGCAAAUCCCUAAGCCACCACAUCAGUGCCACCUUCCCUUCCUAAUGAAAUGCACACAGCACCCAGGACAUGUGUCCCCCCUCCUGACUACCCCACCACCCCAUUUGAGCCCACUUCCCCAUUCACAGAGGAACCCUAUAGUGGCUUAGCUUUUAAAGUUCUGGUGAUUAUUUGAAAGGUCAUUCCCAUUUUCGCAUUGAAAAGAACACACAGUCCUGUGUGUUGAAAUUACUUUCUGUGUCACAGGCUGAGGUUUGUGAAAUGCAGUUGCCAAGUAGAUGCUCUGGAGGUUUGUGUUUCAUAACAGAAAAUGCUGCAUUUCCCCCCCUCUCUGCAGUGUCGAUCUGAGGGGAGCCCCGGGAAGGGACAGUCAGUAUGACCAAAUGUGUGUUGUUGAGUUUCACACUUGCUCCCCUGCGCCUAUGUGGAGAAUCUAACAACCCAAGGGAGCCACUCAGCCUCAUAUUUUACCAUUUCUUCAGGAUUCCAGGUCAUUAAAACAUGUCUAAGUUUUUUUCAUUGCACUGGAGUUUGCAGGCAUCUGCUUUCCUAGUGCUGUGGCCCAGCUACACCGACACUACAGUGGAACUGACCAGUGAUGCCAUAGAGUUGCAUGGGUGUUUGUUGCAUGACUCUCAAUAUUUAAAACACAGGAUAUUACCUAUUUUCUUAGUAGCCUACACAGUAUUCAUAUUUAGAGUAUUAAUAGCCUUGGGGUGACAUUGAACUAGGGCCUUCUCUCCCCCCCCCCAUUGGAAAGCAACAGCCCUCAAUCAGGAGGGGGAAAAAUAGACUAUUUGGAAUGGGGAAUAAAAACUUUCAACCCUCCAGUCUAACUCUACCCUAUCAUAAUUCGAUCAUGUGGUGUUGGGGGGUGGAGGUAGGGGGCAAAGUCAGAAGAGUGAGCAGGGAAAGUAGCAUCUAAACGCCUCAUAUGACUGCACCUUAGGAAUUAACCUAACCAUGGGCAUGACUGGACAGCUGACCAGGGCAUCUGGUUCUGAGAAUGGGAGGAUCUAUGGAUCCAUUGUACAUAAAUAUAUAUUAAGUCUCUCUUACAGGAGUUCCUCUACCUAGCUAGCUAUAGAAAAAAGAAAUUGCAUUUAGAUCUUGUAAAUGCUUAUGCAAUACUUUUGACACAGGGCAAUUAUUGCAUGUGUUUGACUAUCUGCACUAGAGUAUAUAUACACAUAUACAUAUAUGUGUGUAUAUGUGUAUAUAUAAAUACAUAUAUGUGUGCACAUGUAGAUAAGUGCACAUAUACGUAUAUUCAUUUUCUGGAGUUCAGGUUCAGGAGCAAAUCCAGUGCUUGCUUGGUGAAUUGGUUGUCUAAGAAGUCUGAUGGGUUGUUUCACUGGUGACCCCACUGGGCCAGGGUUUGUUGCCAUUGCCUCAGACACUCCAGGCUCCAUGGAUUCUUAGAUGUUAGAAUUGUCUUUCUGCCCUCCACGUGCUGCAGCUUCAGUUUCCCAUGGCUGAAGCUUGUCUUACUGAGUGCACAAGGGGCCCUGUGUCCCUCACAGCUCCAGCUGUCCUGGGCCAGACCCACCCCAGGCCUCCUCUCCAUGGUCUAUCAUGUCAGUCAUCUCCAUUCUUGCCUUUCCCUACCCAUUUUGUUUCUAUUGUCAUUCACUCUGCAUCAGUCACUUUCAUAAGCCUUUCCUUAGCUAGCCAGAAUAGAAGGACACCUAGGAAUUUAUAACUAUGGGCUUAAAGACUUCUCUCUAUGGGCAUCGCCACAGUCCAAGGCCAAGGAAUAGAAUCCCUAGAUGCCCCAGAGGCCUUGUUUUAAUUGCCAGGCUCAGGCUUUCCUAUUGAAGUGACAACCAGAGCUGCUCAAAGAGAACCAAAGGCCACCCCCAGAACAGGUUAAGAGAGAAUGAGCACUGCACAGCCUAAGUGUAGCAGCAGGCUGAUCCCAGACUGGUCUUCUUUGAUUUUCAUUAUAAUAGCUUCAAUUUCCCAAGCACAGUGAGUUGUGUGGCCAGACUGCCCAAGGGUAUCUUCAGCCCUAGUCUCACUGUUGGCUCUUUAGCACCUACAGUUGCCUUGGGGGGGGGGGGGCUGUGUGCCAGCUCAGGGUGCUAAGUCCGGGGUGCUCAUUAGUUUCUGGUCACCAACAUCCCCAGGUGUCUGCAGGGUAUGCCAUGCCCAGCACAGAGCCUCUUUUCUUCCUCUUCCUCUCCUUCAUGGGAGGUGGUGCUGAAUUUCCAAGACGUGAGGUAGAAGGACACAGACUUUUGGUGACUAGAGAAGGUGAUCCAUGCCUGAGAUCUAGGUCAGGGGAGAUAUUCCAUCCCAGUUCCCUUGACCUAGGACUGCUAAGUGUUCACAGGCAAAUACUCAUGCACCAUCCCCACAGAGUAGAUAAUUCUAAUUCCACACACCAAUAUAAUACCUGCAACACAUAUGUGAAAUUCAUAAAGACCAAGUUAAAGAAGAGGGCAUACACAAGACCAUAUGACUACAUCUAUACCCAAAAUGUGUACUCUUAAGACAGAGCAUACACAGAAGACCUACAUACACCAUGUACAGAAAUACAACCUGCAAUUCAGAUGCAAAUACACAGAAGCUCCAUGGACACAAUGAUCCUACAUACAAAAAACACAGAGAAUGCUCUUCUGUUGUCUAUGCACAUGAAGUCAGUCAUAUACACAAUUCAUUUCCUCAUGUGAGUCAUGCAAAAUAUAGCACACAUAUCUCCGAGCAUUAACAAUAUAUGUGUAACACAUACACAUUCAGAUCCAUUGCUCUGCACCACCCCGUCCCCUACUACAAAUUAACAGACACUGACAAAUAAUGAAAUGUAAUUACCUUUCCUAGCCUCCAUACAACCUCCCUCCCAACAUCCUCCAGGAAGUUUCUUCUACUCUUUUCUCUCCUUCUCAUUACUGAAUUUCAGAGAAGAAAUCCCACCCUCUUCCUGGGAUUUAAAGCAGAAAGACGAGAUGGCAUCUUAUUGUAAUAGAUCUCUGAUUAAAGCUAGGAAUCCCAUGGGGUUUCUACUUGCUCACCUUCCUCCCACCCUAUACUCCUGUGCAGAGCAUGAUCUGAAGGGGUAGGCAGUGGUGCACCUGAUUAAGUAUACACAUUACUAUGUGCAAGGACGCAGGUUCAGGCGCCUGGUCUCCACUCACAGGGAGAAGCUUCAUGAUUGGUGAAACAAUGCUGCAGGUUUCUCUUUUCCCCUCUUCCCUCUCAAUUUCUCUCUGUCUAUAUCCAAACUAAAUAAAUAAAAUAUAAACAAAAAAUAGAAGUAUCUAAGAUAGUCAAAUGCCUGUUAUAGUACACACCUCUGGAAUCUUUUGAUCCAACCUCAUCCUCCUGAAAUCCUCUUGAAAGCAGUGAUGAUGGCUCAGAACCUGCAAGAUCCUUGGCCCAGAACCAGGGGGGAGAUAAUCCCAACAUCCUCAGUCCACAAAUACUGUUGCACUUCCAUCCCUGCAGUUUUGUUGGGAGCUGUGUCUGAAUGUCAAGAUUUAGCUCUUAAAAUGAGCCACCAUUAUUUGCUUGCCUUUGGAAGCAAAUCCAAUGCAAUGAACUUUGGCAUCUCAUCUGUGGGGAAACUCACCCCAGUUUAGUUGCAAUACAGUCUGCUUUAGAACAUCAAUCUAAUGCUAGCAAAGUAAACAACAAUUUUCUAAGGAGCCUAUAUUCUAAGACUAGACUGAAAUGCUUUGCAAGAUGACCCAGUGCUUUAGAUUACCCACAGAGCUGGUUCUUUUUCUAGUGGGACUAGCUAAGAGAUGGGUACAGUUAGUAAAGGCUUCACCUCUGAUGGGAAGUUCAUUGUUAAAAUCGGGCUUCCCAUCAGGCAUUGCAGUCUGUACUCCUGUGAUGGCCACUGCCAUCAACUCUUUUCCCCCAGCAAUGAAUGGCUCCAGCUUCCACAGAGGAAACAGCAUCAGGGGAUGGGCAUAUGGAUCCAGACUGUGCAUGUAGGAUGAUAGCCCAGCCUUUUAGAUAUUUCCAACUCAAAAUAUUAACUUCCCCUUUAGCUUCAGCAGGUGUCUCUGUGGGCUUAGACUUUUAUGAAAGUUGGACUUUGAGGAGGCUAGAAAAUGGAAGCUCAGGAAAGUUGGGGAAAUCAACAGGUAAAGAGGGUUUGUGAACAGGUCAAAUUUUAGAAUAAGAUUUUCAGGAGCCAGCUUCUUAUUUAGUCAAGGAAACAAUUAAGGUUCUGUGUUUCCUGAAGCUCCCGUGAUAUUUCACAUGCUCUCUUGUUUUUUUCCCUCUGCCCCAUUCAGCUAAGUUUCUGAGGAUGGUACAGGCAUAUAACCAACAAGUUUGCCUUUAGCAUGGGACCCCAAGAGAUCAGGUCUCCAGACUCCCUUUUCCUGGUAUAGAAAAGACCUCAUGAAAGUUUUGAUGGCCUGAACUCCUAGCUCAGGAACACCAGUGCCAGCCCCCAAGAAUGGACACUGCUUGCUGAGGAUUUUCAGGCUAAGUGUUAAGUGCUGCCAGUGAUAGUGGGACAGAGAUGGAAACUGACUUUCCCCAAACAGAAACUGUAGGACAGUAUGAAUAUUGUCUAAGAAGGUGACACCGCUACCUCCAUAGCAGGGAAGAAGAGCAUGUGCUCUAAAUGGUUUGCCCAGGAAUAGGAUUGGUGGACCUGCCUCCAGCUCCAAUUCUCCUGUGACCCAUUGCCCUAAUAGUCCCAAGCUGGUCUCUGGUCUUCCACAUAGGCUCUCAUGUCCUUGAUGUCCAGGAUGUUCCUUGGUUACACAGUGGGCAUUUCCCCAGCCUUGGCAAUGCCCAUUGCCAGUUUUUAAGUCCUGAUCUUAAACUCAUUAGUGAAUCAACUUCAUCUGGGUGUAGGUAGGUGUCCUGGUGGUAACUGUGACCGUUCUCUAUAUACUCAGACUCAGGCUUUGCUGUGGCCAUCCCUGCUUCUUCUAUCAAAACAUCAAAGGGGAGGGGGACACCCUUGAAGCUGGGAUAGGCCUCUUCCUUAAACUUAUGUAGCUCACUUCUUCCUUCUUUCUGAUUCCUUUCCUGCCAGAACUCAGCUUCAUCCUCAUAGUUUGUGUUUGAAUAUUCUCAAGUGGAAAAGUGCAAUAAAAUAAAUAGUGACUGUUUUCUUUAGCAAUAGCUACUUCAAAAUCUUGUUCUCAGGACUGAAAAAAAUGAUAGUAACUAGAUUAUCAGAUAAUGCCCAUGGCCUCUGGGCAUUAGUUUACUGUUUUUAUAGUUCCCUACUCUUUCUUCAUGUUCACAUGACUCCUGUCUUCUGAGGCUCUGACCCUCCUUCUGGAGUAAAUAUAUAUUGCACAGGUUUGCACAGGUGUCACGUUAUAUCCAGGAUGGUCCCUGAGAAGGCUUUUUUGUCACUGUCUCUUUCCAAGUGCACCUGUCCCUCCCUCCCUCCUUCUCUUUCUUUUAUGUCUGCUCACAUCCACUAUCCUUAUGACCUCUGGGCACUGAAACCUUGAGUUUGCUCUUUCUUUGACUUUCAGUCAAUCUUUGGCAGGGUGUAAUGGAAGUCUACAGGAAAGUGCUUACCAAAAGAUAAGAAUAAAAACAUCCUGAACCAUUCCAAAAGACCAUGUUCAUGCACUAACAUCCAUCACUUGACCCGUUUGAUUCCCUUCCUCCCUUCCCCAGGGAGAUGGAUCUGGGGAGAUGUAUCCUGGAGGCUUACACCUGGGCUAGGUACCCUGGGCAGAUCUGGGAAUUUGCCCUUGACUAGACAGCUUGACAAGAGCUGACUUGCUUAACCAAAGGGAUCUGAUGAGAGCUCAGGAGGGAAGCAGAUUUUUGUGAGGAGAGGUCUACAGGGAUAAAAGCCUGUGGGGUUAGGGCAUGAUAUCAGUGAAAUAAAGACCCCACUGCCCAGGGUGGUGUGCAGUUGCACAAUUGUUUGAACACAUAAGAAAAAAAUCUGUGAGGUUAAAUGUUCAGACUGGACAAUCAGGGAUGGCUGGCAAUCCCCAGGCUCCCAUUCCAUUCUUUCUCAGCCUACCUUGCUCCAUACAUGUGUGUACCACAAAACCUCAGUUAACUGAUGGGGAAUCCUCAGGGAAGGGAGCAGCCUGGUUACUUUACAAUCCAUGGUUAUUUGAAUGGGAAUGGGGAUACCUGUUUCAAGUUAACCUUUGUAUUGGGACAAAAAUUUUGUUUAAAAUGCCUAAUGAGGUUAGUAUCAACUUUCCUGACUUAGUAGUGUGUUUGAAGAUGACAGAAGACCUUGGACUGCUCAGGGCCAACAUUCUAAACCUCAGUGCUCACGGUGCAGAGAAUUAGAUGGAGAAGACCAAAGAGAUGGGCAAAAUGCAUGCUGGCUACGAGACCUCCCUGCACACUGGCCUCACGGGCACACCCUGGAUGCUUAGAUGAUGUUCUUGCUUUCAUUUGCCUCUUCCUACUGAGAGUAGAAGUGCAACAUAAUUCUCACUAGUCAAGGUUUAGGUUCAUUGGUCCUGAGUUAUCUGAGGUUUUCCAUAUAUACAUAUAUAUAUAUAUUGUGUAUAUAUGUAUGCCAUUAUUUCCAAAAGUAUAUAGUUAUACAGUGACCACCCCCCCUUAAUCUCACUAAUAUGAAAUAAAUUCAGCAAUCCAAGAAAUAAACUGCACUGACUGAAUUUUUUUUACUGACCUUUCUUUGUUUUGCUUUUUCUCUAACCCCUUCUUCAGUUCAGCUCCUUUUCUUCUUCUUUCUUGGGCGCUCUUCUCUAGAAGGUGGUUCUUUUGUAACAAAAAAGAUUGGGUUCCAGGAUCACAUCUUUCUUGUCCCUUCCAGGUGGCUACCUGACUCAGGGAUAAAAAGGAAGUCUGAUCUGGUGCUUUAUCCUUUGUUCUCUCUGUCCCAGUUGGCUGUAACUUCAUCAGCCAUCAAGGAACAGAAAAGUUAUUCUAAACUCUGCCACUCUGGGGGCGUGGCAAGCUGCAAAACCUGAAGGACUAAUCUAUCCAGUUUUUCCCUUAGUCACUGAUGGUACCCUAGGCUUGAGUUGUGUGAGAUCUGAAAUGCCUGUCUUUGAGUGGAGAUGUAAAGAAAAGUCUGUCCCAUGGAAGGUAACAUGUGUGGCAAUCAAUGGACCUAACUAACCAUCCUGAUGACGUUGACCUAGUCUAGGCUGAGGGCCUGGGAAGCACACCAGCUGUGACUUUGUUGCCUCUUUGGGGAAACAGUUGGGUUGAAGUAAAUUUAUAACCUUUUUUUUUUUUUGCCUCCAGAGUUAUCGCUAGGGCUCGGUGCCAGCACUUCAAAUCCGCUGCUCCUGUGGCCUUUUUUUUUUUUAAUUUUACUGACUAGGACAGAGAGAAAUUGAGCAGGGGAGGAACAGGUAGAGAGGGAGAGAGAGAGACACCUGCCGACCUGCUUCACUGCUUGUGAAACAUCCCCUCUGCAGGUGAGGAGCCAGGAGCUCAAACCCAGAUCCUUGUGCCAGUCCUUGCUCUUAGUACUAUAUGCACUUAACCAGGUGCAUCCCUCCCAGCCCCCUGAGUGAAUUUAUAAUUAUAUGCCCCCUCUUAGACUGUCCCACUGAGAGCUUUUUCCAGCAUCACCUCCUGCCUUUGACUAUGUGUACUUGAUAGGGGCAAGGACUGAUUCUUGACUGACAUCUGUGGCAAUUGAUGGGUGCAGGGGUGCCUGCCAUCUUCCACCACUGCUGGCAGCUUUUCCAUCUGAGCUUGUAGGAGCCCACUACCUGGGCUGUAGUCCAGCCUGCUGGUAAAUUGGGGCAAUGCAGAGCUUGUCUGAGUGGCCACUUCUCACACUGCAUGACCUCAGUGUGGAAACUGAUCUAACUUUCUGUGCUCUUGGGCACUCCUAAAAUAGUCAGAUAUGUUCCAGAUGAGGUUGCAGCUGAGAAUUCCUUCUCACUCCACUGAUGGAUGCAUAGGGCAGGUGUGAUUGUAUAAUAUGGACAGCUGUUGAAAUUGAGGGCAGUGUAGCUGCUGCACCAAUGUGCUAAGACCUGAGGUAGCAGCUACCCAGAGGACUUGGUCCAUGUCACCUCCUGGUCCUCAGGAGAAGCUGCUAUACCCUGCUUCUCCUUGAAAACAGUUCCCUAGGCACUGAAUACCUUGUUUGCAUGAGCACACAAACACACUGACUAUUAACAAAAGCAAGAGGAAGAGGUGGGAGGGAGGAGACUUAGGAGCCCACUCUGGUCUCAGGCAAUUUCCAUGUCAGCUGCUGACAUCAUUGCCCUGUGAGUUUGUGAAGUGUUAGGCAGAGGUCAGGCUCUGCUGGCUAGGGCUGCACAGAGUACAUAGCCACAGGCUGAGAAGUGGGGGAGAAGCACACGUCAGAGAGGCCUAGCUGGCUGUAGUUUGAGUGAGUGUCAGCUCUGGAAGGUCUGAACAUGCUCUGUGCUUGCCCCAGUUCUGCCUUCACGUGGGAUCUGGCAACCCAGUUUCCUUUUGUCGUUGUGCUUGGAUGAUUCCUUCAAUCUAAAGGGCCCCAGGAAGCUGGGAUCUCCUAUGAUUGAGCUCCAGCUCACUGAGCUGGCAAUGCCCUGGCCAAAUUGGCCUCUGCUUGGGUUUCCACAUCCCUUGUACCCCUCACUUCAUGGAAGAGAAUCUGGAAACAGGAGUCAUGGGGCCAGCCACCCAAGAGAACUCUCACCUUUCCAACAGGCACACAACUGUAAAACUCGUGAGUGUGGGAGGCUGCUUCCUUUUCUAGACCUGUGUGCUGCUGUGCUUGUAUAGGCUGUCUCUGGAGAUUUUACAUAUUUCACA